GUAGGUGGCGGUAUGCACAUGGUCGCAACCCGCAAUAAAACCAGCAGAAGAAGCUAAUUCUUCAGGCGGAAGUUGUUUUGAUUGCGGAAGUGUACAGAUGCUGUAGACGGAGCCUAAUUUAAUAGCAUUUUUCAUGUAGCUGUAUGUAGGCCUCUGAGGGUUUCAGUUGAGGAUCACAGCUCCAUCAGGUCGAGCUGUCGUGAUGGCUGACCACACUGACGUCAGCCUGCUACCGGAGGAGCGAGUCCGGGCUCUGACCAAGAAGGGAAGCUCAGUGGAAGUUAAUGAAGAUGUGCCCCCGCGCCGCUACUUCCGCUCUGGCAUGGAGAUGAUCCGCAUGGCUCACGUCUACACGGAGGAGGGCAACAUCGAGCACGCCUUCGUCCUUUACAAUAAAUAUAUCACGCUCUUUAUAGAAAAACUUCCCAAACAUCGGGAUUACAAGACAGCUAACAUUCCUGAGAAGAAGGACACACUAAAGAAACUGAAGGAAAUAGCAUUUCCUCAAGCAGAGAUUCUGAAAAAAGCUCUUUUGAAGAGAUUUGAUCAAGAGUAUGCACAGUAUCUUGCCAAAAAGAAAGCGGAGGAGGAUGCCUUGGCGCGGGAGCAGUCCAAGCAGCGAGCGCUGGACGCGGAGCGGGAGCGCGUGGCUGAGAUGCAGCGGCGGCAGCGGGAGCAGGAACAGUUCAGUGCCUUUGAGGAGAUGAUCCGCCGCCAGGAGCUGGAAAAGGAACGCCAGCGCGUGCUCCUGGAGUUCGCCACACCUGCCAAGCCUUCUGCUGACACGCCCCUCCUUCCAGGUAUCCAGGGCCCCUCGCCGGUCCCCCCCACCGCCCCACAGAGCCCAGGGGACCUAUCAGGCAGCAACAACCACCGACACAAUUGCCCUCCUGCAACAAUCGGCGCACCUGCAACCAGCCUGCCCACCUUCGACCGGUCGCUCAAGCCCGGGUCUCUGGUCAGCCCAGGGAACAACAACACAAUGGUGGAUGCCCUUCGGCAGCUGGCUGUUCCUGCUGAGCUGUGCCGGAGCUUUCUGAGGUUGGCCGAGGCCAACACAAGCCGAGCUGUAGAAACUUGUGGCAUCCUGUGUGGCAAACUGACCAGAAAUGCGUUUACUGUGACUCACGUCAUCGUACCAAAGCAGUGUGGUGGACCGGACUAUUGUGACACAGAAAAUGAGGAGGAACUCUUCCUCAUACAGGACCAGUAUGAUCUUAUCACCCUCGGCUGGAUACACACUCACCCCACACAGACGGCCUUCCUGUCCAGCGUUGACCUCCACACACACUGCUCCUACCAGAUGAUGCUGCCAGAGGCCAUAGCUAUCGUCUGCUCGCCUAAGUUCAACGAAAUCGGGUACUUCAGGUUGACGGAUCGAGGAACAGAGGAGAUCUCCACAUGUAAGCAGAAGGGCUUUCACCCUCACAGCAAAGAGCCGCCUCUAUUUACACACGCGGGACAUGUCACCAUCACCAACGACACGGUCUCCGUGAUGGAUUUGCGAUGAUUGUCUUUGGAAUCUUUUCAUCUUUUUUCACAAGAACACUCAUAGACUGUUUUAUCAGACUGCAGACAUUGUACUGGAGAAAACACUCAUUUUAUUUUCAGGACAGUACUGAGCAAAAUGCAGGCCACAAGUUUACCAUUCACAUGGACUUCAGUUGUUCUCAAAGGGAACAACAUUGUGAACUUUUUUUUUUUUCUUUAAUUCAAAUUCCACAUAUUAUUGCACUUUCCAAGCAAACAACUUCUAUCUGCUUAAUGGACUGGCAAACCUCUGACUCUCCAACCCCUCUGUUUUUGUCAGUAUGUGCUUUACUUCCUUUCUUUUGUUUCAGCCAUUAAUAAAAAUGUAUGUAUCUAUAUCAGUGACAGAUAUGUGUCUGGUAACUCAACCUUUUGUUUCAUAAUUGUCAUCGAAGUUUGGUUCUGCCUGACUGAUAAAGUGCCAAGGACGAGAGCUUUCACUUGCUGAGUUGUUUAUUGUGCAACAUGAAGUUCAGUGUGGAGCCUUUAGUUUGUAAUCAAGGCUUUGUUCUUUUGACUUGGUGUUUUUCCUUCACAAGCUGUUCAAGUGCUACGAGUGAUGAGAGAAAGGAAAGCCAGUUGCAACUCAGGUACGCAGGCAGUGUUGCUGCUCUGUAUUCUAUUUUUAUAUACAAACACUAUCACUCCACAGUAUCCGUUAUCUCUAAAGGAGUUCAUUUGAAGUUGAAUUCCUGCUUAUGAUGGAUCUAACUUUUUGUCAUGUUUUUAUUUCCUUUGUCUUUGUGUUUUGGGGGAAAACAGUUAGUAGGAACUGUAUGUGUCCAUGCUUCAGAGGAUAUUCGUGCAACAGGCAAUCUGAAUGUACCUUCUUCUACACAUUACUAGCCAUCCGGUCAUGGUUCAUGCCUCUAACCGUUUUUGUUUGCUCCCUUCUCUUGUUAGAAGAGGUAAAUGAUUAGCCAUAUAUAUGAAACAUUCAAUGAAUUAAAGAAAAAAGAAAAAAUAAACUAAUUGUAGAUCAA